ACAAUUUCGCGGGCUCGAACAAAGAAACUGGCUUUACUUGGGAAUCAAUGCAAAAAGGAAAGAGGAAGAAAUUAAAACGUGAUAGGGAGAAGUGUUAGAACAUUUCCUUCAAAGGAAGAAUCUAAGAAGAGAGAUCAGUGGUGGCAAGGAGAUUGAAAAAAAGGGAAAUCAAAGCAAAUUCGAUGUAGGUUCUCGAUCCCACAAUGCACUUGUCGAUUUGGUGCUUGGCUACCGUUGUUCUUCUUUUGUUUCUUGCAGUACAAUAUGGGGACGGCAAAUCGGGUGCCAUUCAAGAAAAAGAUUUGCCCGAUGGCGAAGAGGAGAAGGAGUCUCAAAGGUCCGAAAUCCCGCGACAUCACCGCAGCCGUGAGGCUCACAGCCGUCAUAACAGGAGGGCCGAGCGCGGUCGUUACCGCUCAGUCUUAGCCGUCGGCGUUGGCUGUGCAGUGGCAGGCGGCUGGAUUUGCUUAGCGACUGUGGUUUAUGUCGUGCGAUAUCUUCGCGCCAAAAAGGACGCGGCUACACGUGACUCCCCUGAUGACCUGUUGUGAUUAGUCAUGGAAGACAAGUUAUCAUUCGAAUGAUUCAUUAGAUGGAAUGUAGCGGAGAAUUAAUACGAUUUAAUGGAAAUAAUGUAUCAUUCACUGGUGUCGGGGCGAUUCUUACCUCAAAAGGGCUUGAACUUUAAAUUAAUAGUUUAUUAUUCUGCUUUGAAUAAAGCUUUCUUGUGUCCUUAAGUUAAAAAAAAAAUAUAAAUAUGGUCUUGAUGAGGUGGUGAAGUUGUCGAAAAUUGAAGAAACCCGCCUCAAAGUCGGUAAUAAUACUAUGCUUUAAAUUUCAGUAUCGAUUCUUUAUUGUAUUUGUAUGAAUGGCUGUAUAACUGCAUCGAUUUUUCGUUUAAUUUGAAAUUCACGAAUCAGUCAAAGUCACAGAUGACAUGGUUUGUCCAUUGUGUCAAAAUGAUUUUAAAAUGCUCAAGCUUGGAGGUGUUCUUAUUUUGUUUCAGAUAUCUUCAUGUUAUAAAUAGGUGAUGGUUUGAUCGAAAAUUUAUAUAUUACAUUAAUAUAAUUCAAUAUACAUUUAAUAAUUGAAGUAAAGUAGCGGCGCAAAUGUGAACCGUUACGCUGUUUCGUUUAUAAUGAGCUAAACUUUAUAUUAAGAGAAAUAAGACGUUGCAGAUCAAAUUGAAAUGAAACUGCAGAACUUUGUGCUUAAUGAUCGCAAAAACCUCAAGACAAAGAACAAUUCAGCAUUGUAUAUUUGUAGUUAUGCGAUAUUUACGUUUAUAAAUGAACGGAGAA